UCUGGUAUUUUGGUGGAGAAGCACCGGUAAUCUAUUUUGUACAAUACAUAUGAAAAUAUAAAUAUAAUCCAAAUGUUGCCUUUAAUUUAAUAAACUAGCAACAUUUAAUAGAAAUCCGUGUGUGCUUUAUAAAAUAAACAUUUGAGUUCAGCAUUAAUGCGCACUCAGUUAAAAUCGCAGCGACAAAAUGGAUUUGCUUGACUCAAUACUUAACUCAAUGGAUGCUCCGCCAGCAACAAAUGAACAACAAAAGACGCUUAUCAAAAAACAACGCGAAAUGGUGGAGCGCUUGCAAAACAAGCAAAAGGAGGAGCUAUUACGAUUUCGAAAGUAUGUAGAGGAGAGAAUGGGUCGAUUUGCCAAGGACGAUCGGACAUACAUCGAGUUCCAGCCGUUGGAUAAAGUGCAUCGCUCUGUCAUACAUGAAAUAGCUGAGAACGGCGGUUUCAUUGCGAUGAGUUUCGGACGAGAGGAGGAGGACCGUCACUCGGUGGUCUACAAAAAGGAACACCCACCAAGCGAGGACGAAGUAGCAGCCCGUCGUAACGGCGAGGGCUGGAACAAGGAGAUAGCCAAAGAAUACUCUGAGCGACGAAAAGAACGUUUAGCCCAGGAGCAAAGCCUGAUUAAUAAAGAAGCUAAUUCUGAAGCCGGCACCAGUCGAGUUCAUGGCAGCAGCAGCAGCAGCACAGAUCCCACAAGCAUUGAAGUGAAACCUACCACUAAUUAUAAAGCGAAAUAUGCACAUCUAAUUGGCGAAUCGGCAGCAUUGCAAGCGGCCCGAAAAACAGAGACAAAUCAAAGCUACGGCUUUGUGCCCAGUAAGAACAAAAAGGACAUGCGUUCCAUCGAGCAGACUCUAGCUGAUAUACAGGCGAAAAAACGCCUAAAGUUACAACAGCAACAGCAGGAACAUAACCUGAACAUGGCGGCAUCCCUGGACGUUAAUCCUGACGCAGAAGAGCGAUAAAUAAUAGUAAUAAGUUUAUUGCGCAUAUUUGAGCUAAAAAUGACGGAAAAUGUUCAAAAUAACGAAUCAUACGGUAUUUUAAAAUGCACUAAAAUUAGCAGACUUCAAAUGUAAAGUUGAUACCACGUGGAAGGAAUGUCAACCCAGAAUGUGGUUGGAAUGCUGUGUACUAAUUGCUAACACCUUAGACCUGACUUCAAUUACCUGAUGAAGACUACACAACUAUUAGAAGUAACUUCCAGACGAACAUUCUACCUUAAAUAUGACUACAGGCCUUUGAAGGAAGCUACUUCCAGAUCCUAAAUGGCUUGAAACCCAGAAUAUGGUGGACGGUACAAACUUUGACACGGAAAUUGCUGCUAGGUGCUAAUUCGCUUGAAACACAGAAUAUGGUGGACGGUACAAACUUUGACACGGAAAUUGCUGCUAGGUGCUAAUUCGCUUGAAACACAGAAUAUGGUGGUCGGUACAAACUUUGAGACGGAAAUUGCUGCUAGGUGCUAAUUCGCUUGAAACACAGAAUAUGGUGGACGGUACAAACUUUGAGACGGAAAUUGCUGCUAGGUGCUAAUUCGCUUGAAACACAGAAACUGUUAAUAGCUACACACUUUUGAGGGAAGUUACUCUCAGAUGAUAAAUGGCUUGAAACGCAGGUACAACUGAUGUCUAUGAAUGAUUUAUCAAUUAUUGAACUGAUUCAUUAUUAGAAUAAUCAAUAGAUGGUAGAUGCUUUAAAUGCAAAGAAGGAAGUCAUUCCCAGAUCACGUAGAAGUUUUAUCAAUUUGUUAUUAUCCUAAUUAACUAUAAACUAAGCAUCUGUUUCUAACAAUCAAUCCGAUUUGAAUUACCUCUUUAAUGAAGAAAAAUAUUAAAGGGGAUAUGCCUCAGGUAAAUAUAUUUUGUAUUAAAUAUGAAAUGUUUUCUCACAAAAUGGAAUAAGUAGUAUCAUAUUCAUUGAUAUAUUUGUAGUUGAUAGUAAAACUAGACAAUUAAAAAUAAAUUUGAAAGAAAAAUCGA